GACAAUUAUUAUAUUUCAUAUUUUAUUCUAAAGUUCUCUUAAUAUUGAAAUUUUUAUUACUACAACUUAUUUCUUCUUCUUUAUAGCAAGCAAUGUAAGCAACGUCUUGUAUCCCAAGAAAGAAAUUGUAAUAAUAUGAAAUGUAAUAUGGGAAAUGGAACAGAAUUAACUAUAAAUGAAGAAAUAUUUGAUAUUAAUAUAUGGCUAUCAGAUUAUUCUGGUACUUUGAAAAAAUGUUUUCUAAAUGAUGAAAUAGCUCAAAAACUCUUGAACUGUACUGUGGAAGAGUAUUCAUAUUUAUCUGAAACUGAAAAAACUAAUAUGAAAUGGAAAUUCUUACUGGAAUGGUGUAAAAUUUACUUUAAGAUAGUGGCAUCAUCAUCUGGAAAUCCAUCAUUUUACAUCAUUUCAUGCCAAAUUUCAAAUGUUGAUGAAUUUGUUAAACACACAAUUUAAACUGCUGUUAUUUAUUUAUUUUUAUAAAAAGUUUUAAAAAUUUCUACAUAUAUAUUUCUUAAAUGUAGAAAUAAAAUUGAUUUUAUAAGCAGUUUAAAUUAUAAUAUUAAUGUCAUACAAAGGAAAUACAGAUAUGGUGAUAAAAGGAUUUAGUCACAAAUGAAAAGUGAAGAUAGGAAACGAUUUUAAACAUAAAAUUUUCCUAUCAUAAUAACAACCAGAGAUGAAAGAAGGGCAUAUAUCUUUCUUGUUAUGAUCAUUCUGUUUUUUUCUUGAUAAAAUAACCAUAAGUGAAAUUUAGAAUAUUUAAACUGAACAGAUUUUGUUCUGACUUUAUUUUUGUUAUUUUAAUACUGUUACCAUUGUUUUUAACU